UUUUACCUUUGUGCUACCUCCAUUUCCGGAAUGAGGCGCGCUGCUCUUCUGCCUUUUACCUCCUCUGCUGUGAGAGUCAGCUCUCAGCUUUAAAGGUAAAAUGUCAGAAAACGUAGUGUUUUAUUCAGAAACCAAGUCCAUCAUGGAGGAAGCCAUUAAGACCGCCGUUGAUGUUUUCGGAAAUUCGACAAAGGAGCAAAGUGUGAGCCAUAAGCCAGAUUUUGACAACAUUGUGGAAAUGUUAGCACGUGAGGCGACGAGACAGAUCAGCGCCAUUUUCUCCCAGCUGUCCUCAACGCUGCACAAUGAAAACAAGACUCUGAAGGCCAGAGUGGGACAGCUGGAGAGCGAGCUGAAGACCAUGAGUGAAAAGUUUGAAAAUGCCAGGAUGUGGAGAGAAAAUGUCCUGAAGGGCUGCCCGGUCCUGUUCAAGGACAGUGGGCUCGUCUUCACCAUGAAGCUGUUUGGGACGGUGAAAAAGAAGACAGACAAGUCAACGGGGGGAGUCAGAGAAUCAGAAUCUCCCCCUGCUGCUGGGAUGCAGAAUGCAGUAGUAACUGCUUGUUCAGGUGGUGGAGAGGCAGCAAAGGAGGUGACGUCUGAAUCAGCCAGCAGACAAGACACUUCACAGGAUUAUACCACAACGAGCAAGACAGAAUCCAGAAACACUGAGCAGGAAGCAGAAGUCCAGAAGAAAGCGAAGCUCUUUCAGUGUGAAUUCUGUAAAAAGUGCUUCAACCAUCAGUUUCACCUGCUCAAGCACAUGAACACUCACAAAGAAUGGUGGCCUUUCGCCUGCGACCGGUGCCCGAGGAGAUUCAGGAGCUCAGCGGAUUUCGAGCAGCACCUGCUGUUUCACGAGGAGAAGAAGAAGAAGAAGUGCACGACCUUCAAAUGCCAUCUCUGCGAGAAGACGUUCAAAACAAAAAUGCACCUGAAGACUCAUCAGCGCGUGCACACGGACACGAGGCCGUUCGUCUGCUCCACCUGCGGGAAGGCCUUCAAAAGCAAGUACAGCCUGCAGGUCCAUCAGGUCGUGCACACCGUCGAAAAGCCGCACAAGUGCCUCGAGUGCGGGGAGAGUUUCAGGUACGCGUUCACGCUGCAGUGCCACAGGAGUGUUCAUACCGGCGAGGAUCCGUACAAAUGCACGGUGUGCGGCAAAGCUUUUGUGAAGAGGAGGUCGCUCAGGGCGCACCAGGCGGUCCACAGGGGGAAGAUGUUUAUAUGCGAGAUUUGUGGAGCAGGUUUCACCCUUCAACAAAACCUCAAGAGGCACAUUCGCAUUCACACAGGUGAGAAACCGUUCAAAUGUCAGGUGUGCGGGCAAAGUUUCAUACAGGACAACAAGCUGAAAGUGCACAUGCUCGUUCACGGGGCCUCAAAGUCAUUCAUGUGUGACCUGUGCGGAAAGACCUUCCUUUACAACUGCCAGCUGCAGAAACACCAGAGAAUAAGUCAUGUUGAACGACAGGGGGAGGUCAUCAGGAGACGAGCUAGAGAGCGAUGCAACCGCAGGAUUAUCUGUCGACGGGACCGAACGACGGUGGACGUGACGCCGUUCAGCUGCAAGAGCUGCCGCAAGAGCUUCAGUUCUGUGACGUCGCUGAAAAGACACGAGCUCGUUCACGUUGGUCAGAUGCAGUACAAGUGCGACACGUGUGGGAGGUAUUUUUUCUACAAAGCCUCAUACGACUACCACAAACGGAUCCACUCGGGGGAACGGCCGUUCGCCUGCGACGUCUGUGGGAAGAGGUUCAUCAUCCCGCAGGCUCUCAAGUCCCACAAACUGCAGCACUCGGGAGAGAAGCCGCACAAGUGCGAGCAGUGCGGCAAGGCCUUCAGGAUCUACAGCAACUACCUGAGACACUUCCGGAUCCACACGGGGGAGAAACCCUACGAGUGUGAGGUCUGUGGAGUGAGGUUCAGGCAGCUCACACACGUCAAGUUUCACAUGCAGGUCCACACAGGAGAGAGACCCUAUUCCUGCAGCAGCUGCGGACUCGGCUUUUCAGACUCAAGGCUGCUCAAGAAACACAAGUGUACCGAGGAAUACCAGAAGAUGCUGGGGAGCACGCUCACUGCUGAGAACAUGAACCGGGAAGAGGAAGAUGGGAUCAAAGUUGUGAGUGGAACUUAUUUUGUCCCCCCACAACGACAAUGUUGUGGUACCACAAGCUAUUUGUUACAUUAUAAAUUUAUAGAAAGGAAAGAACACAUACAGCUGAGGUAUUUAUUAGUCAGAAUGUCAGAUUUGGAGGCGCAGGUCGGCGCCAUUUUGGAGAUAAUGGUCAAUGCGACUGUGACAGAAAUGACUAAAGUUACCGGCGGCUCCGGUUCAACACAUCCAGAAGAGUCUUCGUGUGGGACUGAAAACCCAGCCAGAUCCUCGCCUGAUACGGUGAUCCGCUUCAACGUCUUCAUGACGUCUCUGGCUCGAGAAGCUGUGGAGAAGAUCUGCCGGCUUUUCCAUGAGUGUUCCUCCACGCUGCAGCUGGAGGUGACCCAGGGUGCUGCGGAGGCGGAGGACCUGAGGAGGAGGCUGGAGGUGGCAGAGGCGGAGCUGAAGCUGGUGCUGGAGGGCAGCGGGGGGCAGAAGGAGGCGGAGGAGCUGACGGAGGGUGGCGGCGGUGGUGGCGGCGGCGGCGUCAGGCCGAAGGAGGGCAAGAGGCCUCCGACUGGCGGAGCAGAAGGAGAGACCGUCCAGCACUCGGGGAGGAAGAGUCGCAGAGUUUUGACGAGUGGAGACGCUGGAGUCAAGAGGUCGCCUAUCAUUCACCUCUGGAAAGGCAGAACCUACGAGGACAGUGCCGAGCCUGUGGUCAUAAAGGAGGAAGGACUGGAGGCGUUUGCCGAGCAGGCGUCUCCUGAUUCUGGUCAGUUCAGAGACGACGUGGGCGAGGACGAUGGUGACGACCCAGACUACCAGUUGGAGCCAGAAGAUCCCGAUGAUGGUGACCCGGGAUACGCCGCCAGACCUAAACGCGCUGUCAAGCCCAAGUCCCAUCGGGGCCGAGCGAAGAAGGAGAGCGCUGAGAACCAGCAGCCUCUGAGCUGCAAGCACUGCAGGAAAACCUUCACGAAGCUGCUGCAGCUCAAAGCCCACCAGGCCGUCCACGGGGCCAACGUGGAGAAGCCCUUCCACUGCUCUCAGUGCGGCAGAGGCUUCUCGUUCCAGCGAAGCCUCAGCGCACAUAUGCUGCUCCACACAGGUGAGAGACCACACACCUGUGAUGUCUGUGGGAAAGGGUUCACCCUGAAGCAGCUCCUGAGGAACCACCAGCGUCUCCACGCUGAGGUCCGGCCCUUUCGCUGUGAGCAGUGUGGGAAGAGCUUCUACCGCGCCCACGGCCUGAAAAUGCAUCAGAUGGUCCACACGGGAGAGCGAGCGUACAACUGCCAGUACUGCAACAAAAGCUUCACGAUACAAGGCAACCUGCAGCGCCACCUGCGCAUUCACACGGGCGAAAAGCCGUACAGGUGCGAGACGUGUGGCAAAAGCUUCAACCAGGCCGACACUCUGAAAGGCCAUCAGCGGAUACACACCGGCGAGCGUCCCUUCAGCUGCGAGACCUGCGGCAAGUGUUUCAUCCAGAAGAGCGCCUUGAAGAUGCACCAGAAGACGUCUCACUCGGGCGAGAACUCUCUGGCGUGCGUGGCGUGCGGCACUGCGGUGGCCUGCGUGGACUCGCUUCGCAGCCACCUGCAGACGCACGCGGCGACCAUUCCGUGCACGUGCGUGCUCUGCGGCCGGCGGCUCAGCUCCAUCACCGACCUGCGCUCGCACCAGCAGCACCACACGGUGGACAGGCCCCACAGCUGCGGCCUCUGCGGGAAGAGUUUCAAGUCGCCCAGUUACCUGAAGAUUCACCUGAAGACGCACAGCGGGGAGAGGCCCUUCUCCUGCGACAUCUGCGGUCGCAUGUUUACACAGCACAGCAGCCUUAAAACACACCAGGUGGUCCACACGGGAGAGAAACCGUUCAGCUGCGACACGUGUGGGAAAUGUUUCAGCAACAUGGGCAACCUGAACAGACACCAGCGUAUCCACACCGGGGAGAAGCCGUUCAGCUGCGACACGUGUGGACGCAGCUUCAACCAGGGCAACAGCCUGAAAGCCCACCAGCAGAUUCACACCGGGGAGAAACAGUUCAUGUGCGACAAGUGCGGCAAGAGUUUCUCCUAUCUGAGGAACCUGAAGGACCAUAAGUGUUUCUACGUCUGAAACUGAGCUCUGAGGAGACACCUGCUGUGCUGUUAGCGGUGUUAGCUUCCCCUGUACCUGCUGAGGGGGGGUGGAUAAUAAAGGAAGAGUUUGAGGUGAAAGUGAUUUUGAUGUUUAUGAAGUUGGGUUUAGCUGAUUUGUUUGUCUCACUGAGUGAGCUAAUGAUUGAACCUUCAGGUGAGGUGGGGACAGGUACCGUGUACGCCGUCACGUUCAGAAGACGCUCAGGUGAGCAUCUUGUUGUGGUUGUAAACAGGAAUGAAAGCUUUAACAGAUCAGGCAAGAAAAGAUGUGCAGUCAGGAAUUCAGGAUGCAUGGUGUCCCUGCUGAGAGCCUUGAGCCGUUUGCUCAACUUUUCUCAACUUGUUAUACUGAAGCACAGAAACAAAAGGCAGACGGAAUCUGACUUUUAGACACCACAGCUGAAGAGAGGAACAGACUCCCCGUUAGCCUCAUUGGGUUUCUGAAAAACUUGAACUGUCCCUUUAAACAGCCCUGUUUAAGUUGUAAGACUGAUGUGAUAUGUGAUGGUUGAUCCCACCUGAAAACGGUUCUGUUUUUCUUUUAGGGGGUUUAAUAAUGGAAUUUAAGAGGCUCGCAGUGUGUGUGUGUGUGUGUGUGUGUGAUCAUGGCUAUAAUUUCAACUUAAAACAUUAAAAAGCCAGCUAACAGGAAGCAACAGUUCGCAUGUGUGUGUGCUGGGUUGCAGACGCGUCUACUGAAGUUACUGUGCUGGUUUGAACAACC